UUUUUUUUUUUUUUUCUGUUUGAAUCUCAAUGUCAACAGAAAAGGAGAUUAUUAUUGAUUUCAACUAUUUGAGUCAGAUAUCACGAGAAAAAUCACAAAAUGCCAUCCUAAGAGGAAUUCUACCAGGCCACGUGAAAGCAUUGCUCAUCGGUAGGAAGGGUUGCACGAUUGAAGGAAUGAAGCAGCACUUUAAAGUGAAAAUCAAUAUUGAAGGCGAAAGGAUGAUACAGAUAGGUGGGCAACCGGAGAACAUUGCUAAAGCUUGGACCCAUUGCCUCAAACUUGUGCUUGAGCGAUUGCCUUUUGUGUUUACGGCAGGGAGAAUCAGCAUCAGUUUCAUGCUCACUACAGCCAUGAUUCACUGUCUCUUGGCUGUCAACGCUUUUGAGAAAAUAGCAUCUGAGAGUGGAGUGGAAAUACGGAUACACCGGCGCCCUUUAACGCCUGACUGCACUGAGCAUAUUGUAAAAUUGUCCGUGGCAGAGGUGGAUGAUAUUGAACACUCGUUAGAGAAAGCUGUCCAUAACUUGUGCACUGCGAUUGCGUGUAAUCCAAAAUAUGCAUUGUCAUUUCCAGGAACAAAGUUCUAUUAUUCCAACAACCAUGAUGAGCCAUUUUUAGCAGAGAUUUCGCGUGAGGAGAAGAAGGAUGACCUCGUAUUUAAUCCACUCUCUGUCUCUCGUAGAAAAGAAGAAUAGACAAUGUCUCAACACUAUACCCACAUUUUCAUCAAUAAACUUGCAUCUUAAUCCUAUCAUUGGAACUUCUAUCGCUCAAGUAAAGUGUCAUUGAGCUCCCUGCCAAAAAGUAAAAACUGCUGUUACAGAUUCCGUGAGACGUUCAUGGUUAUAAAAGUUGCUUUCAGCAGGCUCUCUUUUUGAUAAAACAGCCGGCCUUGUUUGAAUCAUCAAAGCGUUCUUUUGUCCUAUGACUUUUCCCAACUAUUGGCUUCGUAACUUGUGUUGUAUUGAUUGCUGUUGAG